AUGGGAAAUAAAAAGGAUAAAGAGAUGGUCCGAUGCGAGCUGGAGAACUAUGUCGCAGUGGAGAUUAAAAACACCUCUCCGAAUGCCAGACAGGUUGAUGCCAUCCAAAAGAUGAUUUCGCUACCAGAAAGGAAUUUUGACGAACUAGUCUCAGACAUUGUCAAUGAAAUGCGAAGAAGGAGUAAUGCACUGUCAACAACUCCUGAGACCCCCAUGCAGAGAAAGCUCUCUAGAAUCCAUGAAGAUGGAUUCAAAAGUCUCAUCUUAGACCUCCUUCUAGUAAUGAACCAAAGAUCCCCGGAAAAAGGAUGUUCCUCGGAAAAUGUCCAUGGGCUUAUUGAUAAUCUUGAUAAGCUUAUAUCCGAACUUAAAGAAGAUAUGAUGAACGAGGACAAAAUGGUUCAGGACAUAUAUUCCUCUCGAAACAUUUCAGAGAAGCUCAUUAUGUUCAUUGAGUACACCCGGAAUGUUUUUGGGCGUAAUGAAGAAGAUGUCAAGAUUCAUGAAUACAUGACAAAAGAAGUCAGAGAGUAUUUUGAUUCCCAAGCUACCGAUGGGCCUGACUUAAUGGCUGGUGUAGAUGUAUUUCUAAAGAAAUGUGACAAGUCAAAGUACAGCAAUCAUCCUGAAUAUAAAUACCAUAGAGAUAAUAUCCAGAAGCUGGAAAGUAUGGAGUUAGAGCAGGAGGUAAAAAGGAACCUUAUAAAAAGCGAAGUGUCACAAAUAUAUUCAAUCUUUGUGGCAGAAAACACCAGUCUGAAGAGUGCAGGAGAAAAACAGCUUGAAUUGAAGGUUCAUGGUCUUGUAGAUAUCCUGUCUAAGAUAAAGUACGAGGCCGAAGAAAGAAGGUCUGUAGAUGCUUAUGACUACCUUGAAGAAGUGAUCAACUCUAGUAAAGACAUUCUUGAACUCAUUGAAAGCAUGAAGUUGAAAAGAAAUACACAUCUAGAUCUGCUGAGAGCCAAAAUAGCUGCUCUGGAACAAAUACACAAUAGAAACGGUAACGAGGAGCCUCUUUUUGCCAUGUUUUCAACAAUUGAGGCGGUAAAGAAAGCCUUGAUGGAUAUCUCCAACAAUCAAAAUCAAGGAAAUGCUUAG